AUGAAAGUCCGUAUUUUAAAAUAUGUUCUUUUUUCAAUUAUUAUUUGUUCUUUUGAAUAUGCCAAAAAUGAACUAUACUUUGUAAACGAUAGAAGGGUGUACCUUGAAAGGAAUGUAAUAAAUUUUAGAAAUAAUAGGAUAUUAGAAGAAGCAGAGAACCAAAUUGGUUUAAAUGGCUUUUAUGAAUCAGCUUUGAGUCUUGUAGAUCAAUUUAAUGAAUACAACAGUGAUUUCGAAGAAAUAACAUAUAAUCGAAAUAUUAUAGAUUCACAUAUAAAGAAGCAUAAAGAAAAUAAUACAUUACCCGAUUUAAAUAUUGUAGAUAAGGAAGCUAAAAAGUUAAUCAAUGAACUUCGAGCAGAAAUAGAAGAAGUAAAAAAAGCGAUUGAUAAUAAAAUGAAUGGUGAAUUAGAAAUACAGCCGAUGCAUGAUAAAAAAAUAAUAAAAAAAGAUGAAAAUAGUUCUGUAUCAGAACGUGAAGGUUUUAAAAAAUCGAAAAGUUUUGAAAAACAAUUGAGGACUGUAAAUAAUAAAUUUAAAGAUAAAUAUUAUAAAAUUAAAUCAAGUAAAAAUUAUAUGAAAUUCCUGAUUAAUAAAAAUAUUAUAAAAGAUAAAGGAAAAUUACAAAAGUUGAUGAUGUUGUCUGCUACAAUUUUGGCGGUGGCAAUAGCAUCAGGAACAAUGAACAUACUAUUACUACUUGCACCGGUUGGGUUUUUAAUAUUUAGGAAAUUGUGGAGAUCCAUGAAACAUAAAUUAAAAUUACGAAAAAUAUAA